AUGAGGAUGCCUGCCUCUAGAGGAUCCUACACCUUGAGGUUGGUGGGACUCCAGAGGCAUCAGCAGCUUCAAGUGUAUGGAGAGUGUGAGAUAUCUGCCUACACUGACUCUAACGUCACCCUCAGAAGUUACUCCUGUGCACAUCGUCAAGCUUUUGAAGUUCUAAGAGCGUGCCCCGACUGUCCCACAUCUAAUAACCUCGAUGAGCCAAGGGUGAAGGAGACGUCUGAUCUAGCCCUGGCAAAGUUUAAUCAAGAGAGUGGCCUGGCAAAAUACUUCAGUCUGGAGAAAAUCACCCGAGCCAGUUUUCAGUGGGUUGUUGGUCCGUCAACGUUUGUGGAGUUUAUCAUAGUGGAGACAGAGUGUUCAAAUGAAACCGACACAAGGGACCUGAGCAACUGUUCACCGAUGGACUGUCAUUUUGCACACAGAGGCUUAUGUGAGGGCUCAUACAUGCAGAUGAUGGGAAUAAGACUUGAAGACUACCCCGAUGGAAAAAUUGUGCAAGUGAAGUGUGAGAUCUUUGAACCUGAGGUUGCCGUUGUGGAGGAGCAGGCUCAUGAUGAAGCAGCCCGAGGACGCACAGAGCAUCAUCACAGCACCCACAAACAUCUGCACACCCAUGAACACCUGCACUCAGACACUCCCAGCACAGACGUCACCGUAUCCAAGUCAAAGACCUCCCUAGGGAGUGUUAGGAAUCUGCCUCCACCAGUCAGAGGUUCCCCAGCAGCCAGUUCAUGUCCCGGCUCACAUAGACAUCACCUGGGAAUCAGAAGUCUCGGGUUCUGAUUGCCUGAACCAGGAGAGUUAUGCAGUCAUUUUGUAUUCUCCUGCAUACUUCUGAAGAAAAGAAACUUCCCAGCAAAGAAACACAACUGUUAAAUAAAAUAUGUAAUAGUAGUUAGACAUAACAAUGUAUUCAUUGUAAAUGAUCUGAUGAACCAUUUGUUGAUUAAAGCAUUUAUAAAGUAA